UUCUGAGUUCUCAGUUCUGACCUUCUUCUUCUUCUGAACUUUCUCAGGCGACAUUUUUUCCGGCAAUGUCGAGUCACGACAAGAAAAAGAUCAUUCUGAGCAGUGUUGCAGUGAAGCUAGGCUGCGGCGGCGGGAGUUGCAGGCGGCCCAAACUCUCCGCCGUCUUCCACCCCAAACCACGGCGGCACCAUAAAAAAGCCGCCUUCCACGGCGGCGCCGCCGUGAACGGUUCUAACUACUCCUCCAGCUCGUGGGACACCACCACCACGACGUUCUCCCCGGCCUACGCCUCCUCCGACGCCUCCUCCGAAAUCAAGAGCCUCCGGGCGGUGCAGGGCUUCGGGAGAAUCGGCGGCGAGAGUGUGGCCGUCGAGAAAGACUCCGACGACCCUUACCUCGAUUUCCGGCACUCCAUGCUCCAGAUGAUCCUGGAGAAGAACAUCUACUCCAAAGACGACCUCAAGGAGCUCCUCAACUGCUUUCUCCAGCUCAAUUCGCCGUACUACCAUGGCGUCAUCGUCCGCGCCUUCACGGAGAUCUGGAACGGCGUCUUCUCCGUCAAGCCUCCGGUGACCGGUGAUUGGAUGUCACGUGGCUUUUAGGCAACGCACGUGACCUCCCCACGACUAACCUUCCAACUUCCCAACUUAUCAAUAAAGUGUAAUCAAGAGUGUCACGUUUAAGUGUAGGUAAGUGAGUAGUGUAGCUUGUAGGGGUAGUAUGGUAAUUUCGCCGACCACCAUAAAAAUUAAUGGUGACCUUCUGCUACAUGUGUUUGAAGUUAUUAGCUAGUAGUGUAUUGUUAUAAUUAAUGUAUUUUGGUUAAUUAAUUAGGGUUAGAUUAAGCUAAAAGGUUCUAUUUUCACAGCCUUUUUUGCUACAUUUUUAGGGUGUUUUGGUCAUUUAGAAAGAUGAAGUUUGCGUCAUGUAUCAUCAUCAGGGUGGUUAAAAAUGCUGUGAAAAUUGUAAUCUGUAGCUAUAUAUUACGUCAUCAUGAAUAUAAUAUAUAUUUCAUCUUAUAUGA